GAGAGGGCUCGCCGCUGGCCCACAGGGACAGAGCAGUGACGGCCCUUUGGGGCUACCAGUCGCCUGUACAGGCCCUGUAGUAGUGACCGCUGACACUUCACUAGAUAAAACUUUUGAACAAUUGAAAAGUAGCUUACUUGCGGUAAAGUACAAGACGAGUGCCAUUCAAGGUACAUUCAAAUACUCAAAAACGCUCUCCGAGCCCGGGAUCAUUGAACCCACAGAAGGUUGCGGGUGCGUUAAAGGAUGGUCUUUAUCAAUCUAUGACCCUAUGUGGGACAAAGAAGAUGAUAAGUUUAUCUUGAAUGGACUUAGAUUCAAUACUCUCACUUUGCACGUAAACUCAUUCUACACGUCGAGUAAAAAGGUCACACAAAAUACAUGGUAUAAACCUUCAAUGCUGGACUUUGAUUGCUGUUCAUUGUUUCGUGCUAGCUCGUAUAAAUUGGCAGAAUUUGACUUACAAAUUUAUAUGAGACGGCUCAAGUUCGAGAUGCUAGAAGAUUCGACGGGGAAUGUAAUAUGUAAUCUCCUCUGGAAUGAGAGAGAAGUAAGCGAAUUUACCAAGACAGAUUUUACGUUGACAGUCUUAAGUAAAAACCCUGAUCCAGGCCAACUUGAAAAACGUAAGAAGUAUCUCAGAGGAGCAAUCAACACGAUUGUUGAUUCAGAAGAAUUCCAUAAACAUAUCAAGCAACUGUUUGAGGAGGCAACCAAGGAUCAAUGCCAAUUUGUUGACAAGCGUUUUGAAGCUGACACACAAAACACACAACAAACAUCACAGCCCUAACAGGUAUGGAAGUACUUUUGACACGUAUUAAACUGCAAUAUUCAGA